AUGUGCUCUCAGCCUAGACAUGAGUACGCUGCACCUUUUUUGUUUCUAGUAAAUGAAUUAUCACCUGUGUCAGCACAUAAUUCGAAUACCAGAGAUCAAAACGAAGUGCAAAUAUGUUUAGAUGCUAUUGAAACUGAUGGUUUCACAACUGAUUGUUUACAUUUAUUUCAUGGUUCAUGUUUUGGACGGUGGAUGAGACUAAACUUCACAUGUCCAAUAUGCCGUCAAAAUCUAUUUAUAUGGCCUGAUGCUCAUGAUCCUGGUGAGUAUAAUGGUAACAUACACACAGCGAAACUACUCUGUCAUAUUUUCUUUGAUCAUCCUUCAAAGGAUUGAAUUUUUGGAUAAAAAAGGGAUCCUUAAUGAUAAACUACUAUUGUCUUUCGUAGAAUCAACGUCCAAUACAAACUUUUUUUCUUUUUGUUUCCUAGACCGUAUUGUAUUCAGUCAAACAUGUAUACCGGUGGAUGUUCAGCAUUAAAUAUAUCUUCAAACUCAUGGAAUACUUCAGACAACUCUUAGACCGUAUUUCAGACUUUACUUUAUAUAUCAUCUUGUUUUUGUUCUGUCGAAAGUAUCUCAUUAAUUUUAAGGUUGUUUCCUAGAUGCACUUCUUCUUUGUUUCUGCGACAUUUUUUUUGUGUUAUACACAUUAAAAUAAAGCAUAUGUGCGUUGCCGCAAUACAUUCUGACAUGAUAUAUUAUACGGUUACAAUAUAUAGUUCCAAAUUUUGUUUCAUAAUAGCACUUUAUUCGUAUAACAAGAUGAUAUGAUUAACCGUACAAUGUAGCUGAUUUGAACCAACGACUCUAAUUUUAUUAUAUGUGCCAGUAUCAGUGUGUCAACCCUCCAAUAACCUUAUUAAACUAUUUUCUCUUGUUAUUCUUGGAUCAACUGAAAGUGGUUCUUUUUUAAAAUCAUUAUUAUUUUAUCAACAUAUUCUUUUCUAUUCAGUAUCACAUCAUUAUCAGGGCGCGUAAUGGCAAUUAUUUGAUCUUCAUGCAACGGCUUUAAUAAAUUUUGCUUAUAUUUGUUAUUUACUUAACUGAUAUUUACAUUGGAGCAAAAGAAAUCAGUGAUAUCCAAAUCUUGUUGCUAAAUUUAAUUCAUUCGUUGUUCGUUUACUAUAUUCCAUCGUACCUGCUAAUAAUUUCUUAUGCACCGUAUCAGUAACUGUUAUUUGAUAGUAUAGUUGUUCAAUGUUUGUAAUAAUGGAUAAAUCAUCAUGAAUCUAAUUUAACUGUUAAUUAAACUGAAGACCUUUACAAACACAUUCUAUAUUAAAAUAUUUUUAUACUGUAUCUGGUUUCUUCUAAUAGACAAACUAACUGGCUCUUUCUAUAAGUUCUCAAAAUUUUCAGUCUUGCGUUAGAUGUGUUAUAACGCAAAAACUUCGUCUUCCCAAGCAGUAAGAAAAGUUUGUCUCACGCGAAGGAAUUCUAUUCUUCAUCGAGUUUAUCAUAAAAUAGACUAAAAUGUACGAUGAGUGAGUGGUGUCAACUUCCACAGUUCCGUGGAAAUUCCAGAACUCCAGCAGAAUUCAAGAACAACAAGCUCCCACUGAGAUAAUACUCAAUUCUACUGUGAUUGGUGCAACUCUUCCAGAACUCAACCAGAAUCCACUAUAUUGCCUUUCACACUCAGAUGCUCUUUACGAAUUGGCAGAUUCUGCUCAAUGGUAGUGCCAUUUUGGUGGAAGUCUACGAGAAUCUACUAUAUAAUUUUGAGGACAUGCGGAAUUUUGAGAAUUAUGUGAAGAUAUGGUGGACUUUAGUAAUCGUAUAGAUACUCAUAGCUAGCUAUGUUACAAACCCAAACCCAGUUCUUUGGUUAGGCCUGGGUUUGUAGCAUACCUACUCACAGCCAGGGCUGUAGCGUACCCACAACAACUUUUCAGCAGAUCAAAAUUACUUUUAUUGUUUUUCGGGUGAUCACAGCAGAAUUGAGCAGAAUCUGCCAAUUCGUAGAGAGCAUCCGACGAGGGAACCAUCUGAGGUGAUACCUCCCGUUUUCAUUCAUUCAUAUCUCAUUUAGUUGAGUAUAUUGAGAUAGUAAAAACCCUAAAGGAGAUUUUCCCCAAUCUCAUUCCUUCAGUAGUUAUCAACGUUUUCCUAUUUUUACCCUUAUACAAGAUGAAAAAUUUUUUAAAUGACAAAUUAGCAAAAUAAGUCAAAGAGAUCUGAAAGUUUGACUAUAUAUGGACAAACUAUUUUAGUGUGGCGUAUUAGACGAGUGUAUCUGUUUACUAGCGCCU